ACUUCGAAGGUGGAGGUGCAGCACCUCCUUCAUUGUCUGAGUAUAGGCACCGGGAGUGAAUCCGCCGCUCGGUUCAGUGUAAUCCCGUCUCUCCACGGAUCACUCGCUCAGUCGUCCGCCAUGGCGACCGCAGAACGCCUCCUCUCCGGCGCGAGCAGCAUCUAAAACUUAUCUGGGAUUCUUAUUUUCCGCACUACCGCUGGACGUGGAUGUAAUAGGCUAUCUCCUUUCAGCUGGGACGUACAUAACGCGUGCAUAAGCCCGCAUUUCGAGAGAAGGGGCUGGGCAGUGUUCAGUGCAACGCACCAUGGCAGAGCUAGAGCCAGAGCCAAUGGCCUCUGGAGCAGGGCAGCGUCUUGGCGCCCCAGAGACUCUUGGCAUCAGUACGUUGGACCCCGGGCACAGACCUCCGGCCAUGCCCCCUGGACGACAUGUCACCAUCAGGGUCCGUAUGUUGGACGACACAGAGGAGCUCUUUGACAUCUCGCAAAAAGCCUCAGGCAAGGUGCUGUUUGACCUGGUGUGCUCCCAUAUGAAUCUCAUUGAGGGUGACUACUUUGGCUUGGAGUUUCAGAACCAUCAAAAGAUGAUGGUUUGGUUAGACCAUAUCAAGCCCAUUAUCAAGCAGCUCAGACGACCGAAGCACACAAUCCUGAGGUUUGCUGUGAAGUUCUUCCCUCCAGAUCAUGCCCAGCUGCUGGAGGAGCUGACAAGGUACCUGUUUGCCCUCCAGAUCAAACAGGAUCUUUCCUGUGGGCGUCUGACCUGUAAUGACAGCAGUGCCGCACUGAUGGUCUCCCACAUUAUCCAGUCUGAGAUUGGGGACUUUGAGGAGAGCCAGUGCCGGUCACACCUCCUCAACAACAACUACAUCCCAGAUCAUGCCCUGAUUGACAAGAUCAUGGAGUUUCACUCAAAGAAUAUAGGUCAGACACCAGCACAAUCAGACUAUCAGUUACUCGAAGUGGCGCGCAGGCUGGAGAUGUACGGAAUUCGCCUUCACCCUGCCAAGGAUCGUGAGGGCUCGGUGUUAAGCCUGGCUGUGGCACACACCGGUGUCCUGGUCUUUCAGGGACACACAAAGAUUAACGCCUUCAACUGGUCUAAAGUUCGUAAACUGAGCUUCAAGAGGAAACGUUUCCUCAUCAAGCUGAGGCCAGAUUUAAAUAGUUCAUAUCAGGACACUCUGGAGUUUCUGAUGGCCAGCAGGGACUGUUGUAAAGUCUUCUGGAAGAUCUGUGUUGAGUAUCACGCCUUCUUCCGCCUCUUUGAGGAACCUAAGCCCAAGCCCAAACCGGUGCUCUUCACACGAGGUUCCUCCUUCAGAUUCAGCGGUCGCACACAGAAGCAGGUGAUUGAUUAUGUGAGGGAGUCUGAAUUUAAAAAGAUCCCCUUUGAAAGGAAACACAGCCGGGUCCAACACAACAGCCGCCUGUCGCCGUUGCCUUCUCCGCGUCACCAUGAAGUGCCAACAGAAAGUGGUGCUCCCGGGGACAGAGUUGACUCUUCUCCUCGGCGUCAUUGGAAAGAGUCAGUGUUGGUGAGUGCAGAGGACCCUUCAGCCUCACGGACAGUGAGGGCGAGCCCCUCCCACAAGAGGAACGGCCAUGAGGACAGAGUGGGGUCUGUGUCCAGGACAGAAGAUACAAGAGGCUCAACGCCGCAGGCCCACCAAGAACAUCUGAGUACAGGUGUGACAUCUAAUAGCCCUCAUCUCUCUGCAUCCUCCGGUCACUCCCAUGGUAUGGUCAAUGGUCAGAAGUCGCUGGAGCUGUGUAGCCACAGUCCCAACGGGCGGCAACCUUCUCCACUCACCAGCCCGCUGCUCAACGACGCUUGCAGCGUUCGCACUGACGAUGAGGACGAGGUUCGGAGGAAGAGGUUUCCAACAGAUCGGGCCUACUUCAUCGCCAAGGAGCUGCUGACCACAGAGAGGACAUAUCUGAAGGACUUGGAGGUGAUAACUGUGUCUUUCCAGAGUGCCGUGGGCCAAGAUGAGGCAACUCCAGACUCUCUGAAGAACACCAUCCUCUCCACCUUCGAGCCUCUGCACAAGUUCCACACAGGUUUUCUCAGGGAGGUGGAGCAGAGGCUGGCUCUGUGGGAAGGGCGCUCCAAUGCUCACAUCAAAGGAGACUAUCAGCGCAUCGGGGAUGUCAUGCUGAAGAACGUUCAAGGUUUGAAGCCGCUGACAGCAAACCUGCACAAGCAGUCUGAAGUUCUGUUGGAGCUGGAGAAGGCAUGCAGGGCAUCCCGUAAGUUGGAGGGUCUCUGCAGGGACUUUGAGCUGCAGAAGGUCUGUUACAUCCCCCUCAAUGUCUUCAUCCUGCGGCCUCUGCACCGCCUCAUUCACUACAAGCAAAUCCUGGAGCGCCUGUGCAAACACUACCCAGCUACUCAUGUGGACUUCAGGGACUGCAGAGCUGCUCUGGCAGAUGUGUCUGAGGUGGUGGACCAGCUCCAGGGAAGCCUAAUCAAGAUGGAGAACUUCCAGAAGCUCUUGGAGUUGAAGAAGGAUUUGAUUGGCGUUGACAAUCUUGUUGUUCCUGGUCGGGUGAGUUUAAAGCUCGAGGGAUUUUUACUUCUCUGUCUCACCUCCAAACAUCUUUUUUUGACAGACAUCCUGUAUAGCUUGUGUCUAAUAAAUGAUGCAUGUGUUUUGUUUUCUCUUUCUCAGGAGUUCAUCAGGUUAGGCUGCCUCAGCAAACUGUCUGGAAAAGGCCUACAGCAACGAAUGUUUUUCCUGUUCAACGACGUCAUUUUGUACACGAGUCGGGGGAUGACGGCGACCAAUCAGUUUAAAGUGCACGGGCAGCUGCCGCUCCAUGGCAUGACAAUCAGAGAGAGUGAAGAUGAGUGGGGGGUGCCUCACUCCUUCACACUGGUUGGACAGCAGCAGUCGGUGGUGGUGGCAGCAAGUUCACUAACAGAGAUGGAGAAGUGGAUGGAGGACAUAAAGAUGGCGAUAGAGGUGGUAAAAACCAGCAAUGGGCCUUCAUCUGACCUGCUGACCAGCAUUCUGACAGACAACAAAUGCCCUGAGGACUCCUCGGUGGAGGCGGAGUCUGAGGACGACAUGACCGCGUCACACACCUCGCUGGAGAGGCCGGCCCCUCACCGUGGUAACACCAUGGUGCAUGUGUGCUGGCACAGGAACACCAGUGUGUCCAUGGUGGACUUUAGCAUAGCAGUGGAGAAUCAACUGUCUGGAAAUUUACUGCGGAAGUUCAAGAACAGCAACGGCUGGCAGAAGCUCUGGGUGGUCUUCACCAACUUCAGUCUGUUUUUCUACAAGUCUCACCAGGAUGAUUAUCCACUGGCCAGCCUUCCUCUGCUAGGUUACUCAGUCACCAUUCCCUCAGAGUCUGAAAACAUCCACAAGGACUAUGUCUUCAAACUGCAUUUCAAGUCCCACAUCUAUUAUUUCCGAACGGAGAGUGAAUAUACUUUUGAGAGGUGGAUGGAGGUGAUCCGUAGUGCUACGGUCCCCUCCAGUCGCACUCGUAUCCUGAACAGCAAAGAGUCCCAUCCUCACUGAGCUGACUUGUUUCCACGCGCUGUCUUCUUCGGGUGGUGUCCGCCCCCUUCCUCUCCUCCUGGACUCUUUGCUUUUCUUUUUUACACAUAUCUGGGACAUUUGUACAUGUGUCCAUGCACAUUUGGUGCUUUUUAAUGCUUUAAUGGUGACAUGUCCGCUGGUUUAGACUGCAUCAGAGACUGCAUUUUUUGGCAUUUUUACUCUCAACUCUGAAACCUCUUUUUAAGGAUGUCAUUUUAUACUGUUUUCUAAUGGUCUGAACCACUUCCUAUCUUUUCUGAUUUUACAUUUUGUCAUUGGUUGUUUUUACAGCUGGAACAUGUUGAUAUAGAUAUUCAGCAUUCUUUCUUAGAUGGUUAAACUAUCACCACAUUGUCAUAUCGUUUUUGUCUACUUCAUUUUACUGAAAACAGCUGCUUUGAAAAUGUCCUCCAACUUCAGUGCCAAACUGGUUUAUAUCAAUGUUCUGGACUUUUUAAUGCUAUUUUGUUACAUUGGGGCUAAGGAGUGUCUCCUAUACUGUAUACCAUGAAAUUUUAAAUCAUGUAAAACAGGCCACCUUUUAAAGGUCGGUGCUCUGUUCACACCUGGCCCAGCACAAUGUGUUCUUGUUAAAAAGAAGGUGAUGAAAAUAUGAAAUUAUUUUGUUGUAUAAUGGACAUAACCCUAGGAUUGAUCACAGUGUGGCCAGAGGUAGCUGCCAUCACCACUAAUGCCAUUUCAAGUAAAAGUAAAUAUUAUAUUUGCUGUUUGUUAUAUGAAUACGUCUCAGACUGUUUUCCUUUUUUAAAAAUGAAUCUGAAGUUCCCCUUCAGCUGUAUGAGAAAAUGUGAGACAUGUUCAUAAUCAUUGUAUUAUGAAGAUGAGUGUAAUUGAAAGCUUUAAAGAUUAUGUGUGAAACAAAAUAGAAACUUUCAGUUCUAAGCGCCGUCGCCCUCACUGAACUAGGCUGCCUCCUGUAUAACAGAAACCAGAUCUUUUUAUGGGUCUAAAUGAAUGGAAAUAUGCAUUUGACAGGGUUUUGCAGUGAAGUGAAAUGAGAAAUGGAAAAACCUCAGUUCUGCUUAGAAUUGUAGCAUUUUUCCGUACAACAGAGAGCUCUUUGGAAAUGAAAGCAAUAAAAAACUUAUUCAGACUUUGA